GAAAGAGAAAUAAGAUUAGAGCAGAGCCUGUAGCCUCUAGCUCAAGCUCUUGAGUACGUCGCCGUCAGUCGCGCGAUUUAUACAUUUAAGUGUUGAGAUGAUUGAGAUUACCAGUGGCUUUGUCUUUUUAAAUAUUUAAAUUUUUAUACAUCUGGUUGUUAUAUAUACAUACAUAUAUAUUUGAAAUAUAUAUAUAGCUAUUGGGUCAGGACAAGGACCGUUUAAUUGCGCCGUGUUCGAAUAUAAAGCAAGAGUGGGUCGAUGCCGUUAAAUGGUGACUGUCAGAGGGUUGUUCUUUUUUGAAUUACCCGUCAAUUGUUUUAUUUAAAUAACUCAUUAUUUAUUUUUAUUUAAAUAAUUAACAGCAACAAUAAUUAUUUAUUUAUUUAUUUAAAAUGAUUAAGUCAAAUAAUUAAUUUAAAUAAAUUUUAAUUAGUGGCGGGCUGAAAAAUAAUUAUAUGCGAGUAAUUAAUAAGUGAUUGGCUGAUUAUUUAAACGGACAGGAAAAACUGGGGGUGAGAAUAAGUUUAUUGGUGUGGAGAGUUUUUGUAAAAAAUAAUAAAACGGCGUCAUGGAUGUCAAUGCUAGUGAUCGAGAUUGCAGCGCUCUGGGUGGACUUUUUCACCAGAUUAUCACGGACAUGAAGAAUGGGGCGCCGCUCUGGGACGAUCUGAUUUCCAAGGCAACCAAACUGCACACUUGUCUCAAGGCAGCGAUACUCGCGGUAUCGGCUUAUCUUGAAGCCUUUCAAAAAAUAGCUGAUGCUGCUACCAGUGCCAGGGGAGCGACUAAAGAAAUAGGUACAGCAUUGACAAGAAUAUGCUUGAGACACAAAGCCGUUGAAACAAGAAUGAAGUCAUUUACUUGCGCAAUAAUGGACCGGUUGGUGAUGCCACUGCAAGAAAAAUUAGAAGACUGGAAAAAAGCUCUUAUAGUGCUGGACAAAGAGCACACGAAAGAGUACAAAAAAGCUAAAGCGGAGUUGAAGAAGCAGCGGACAUCAGCUGUCGAUACUUUGAGACUGAAAAAAAAAACAAGGAAAGUAAUAGCGAAUCACGGUCCCGGUGUUGGGACUAUGGGAGUUGGUGGUAACAUCAGCGAAGCCUAUCAAGGGAAUAAACUAGACGGUGAUGAUGUGGAACUAAAUCGUAGAUUACUGGAACCAUCUGUCGCAGAUAAACGUAUCAGUCUUGAAGAGACCGAGCGCAAAGCGGUAAGAGCUGCGCUGCUGGAGGAACGCGGACGUUUUUGUCACCUGGCGCGACUAUUGAAGCCUGUGCUGGACGAGGAAAUAGCGAUGCUGAUGGAGCUAACACAUCUGCAAGAGGUCUCUGAGCAGCUUGAGCGGCAUACACUCGCUCCGUACGACUUGCCGGCUCAGUGCGAGCAGAUAAUAACAGACUUGAGGGAACGAGGCGACUCGACCCAGUGGCCGCUGCACCACCACUUGACAUCGACUACCCCGCCCUCGAGUCCUUCGCUGUCUCUGGGGUCUCGCAAGAGCUCAAUGUGUUCCAUCAGCUCGUUGACCAGCAGCGGAAGCAGCGGCUCCUGCAAAAAUCAUCCCAGCCCCGCUUGCGGACAUCCCUGGCACAGAUCAUUCUCUCAGCCUCUAGGAGUUAUCAACAACUGCCGUCCAGUGAUUAUCGAUUCUGGAGGAGGGUACGGUAGUAAUGUAUCUAAAACAUUAAUGCUGCGUCGUCAUUUGUCAACCGGUAGUUCACGAGAUUCGGGUUUCACUUCUCAGGAUACACUAAAUAGACAACCAACUGAACAGGUAUCAAGUGUGUCUUCCCAGAGUAACGUGAACCAGAAUCCCAAUGCAUCGACAAAUAUAAAUCAGCAACAUCAGCAGCAGCGUCCGCUCUCGAACGCCACAUGGCCCAACUUACAAGAAACAGCCGGCGGUUUCGAUAGACAGCAAACAAAAGGACAGACAUCAACAAACGAACGUCCUCAUACUAUUUCAUCGGCUUACGAAAAAGGCGGUCAUCAAAGACCAGCACUCAGUGUUUACACAUUCCAAGCACCAGAUUCAACUGGCUGUCACAGUCAACCUGCAUCUCCUGUUUCCACAACCAAUACAUUGAGUUCUCAAACACGCGUACAGUCAAAACCAACUGGAAAAACUGCCAAUGCUCCGAGACCGCCGAUUCCCAACAGGUGCUCGAGUCUUGAACGCACUACGUCAGCUUCACGAGUUAAUAAUGACGGUAAUGGUAAUCAACGUCCUGGUAAACCAAAAUUACCUUUACCAGCACAUUUAGCUAAAGAAUUAUUAGGAAAUCAAUUGGUUGCUCAACCAAUGUACGUAAAUAUGCAUGAGCUAGCAAAUUUAGCAGCAAAUCGUGCUCAGGAAAUGCAGGUUCCAACUGUACGUAAUGCAACAGCUUCAUCAAGUCCAAAUUUAAUUGACAAGACUGAAUCAACAAUAAUGCCAUCACCUAAAGAUGAUAAAAUCCAGCAAACUGAUAGCAGUAAUUUAGAUAUAAGCGGGACUUGUACAUUGCCACGCCGCGGAUCAUUCCAACAAAACAAACCAGUUCCGCCUACACGGAGAACAUCGACAAUAAUAACAUCAUCGACUAGUAUUAAUACCGGUGCUCUAGAGGAAAAUAAAAACUGUAGUAUCAGUAUCAGCAGCAGUAAUCUAAUUGAAAUAACAACUGGAUCAAAUGAUAAUGAACGAAUAGAAAUCCAGAGUAUUGCGACAGAUGAAACAGAAAAUCUUCCACCGCCACCGGCAUUUUUACUUGAAGGAAAUUCACCGAGCGCGAGCCCUUCACCUCCGCCCCAAAGAUCAAUAUCCGUAUCGGAGACUGUGAGAACACUUACUGAGUUACGUCAUACGCCUGCGAGCCCUUCAUUCAUGCGUAAAUUAAUGACUCAACAGACCCAGGCUGCGACAGCAACACGUGCCGGGCGUCUACCCACCGAACAUUCCAACUCGUCCAGACGCGUGUCCACUUCCAGCAUUGAAUCAUCCUCGUCCGGACAUAGCUCGUCUAAUACCACGACAAUAACAGUCUCCAAUACCUCGACUUUCAACUCGACGCAAAAUUUGAUCAGCGUCUUGAGCUCUAAAUUGAGCAGCACCGCCAUCAAUUCAACUGCCGGCGACUGCAGUCCCAAGCUAAUGCGCAAACAUAUCAAGUCUGCAGAGCUGCAGGCUCCGAGUUCAGGACCCCGGCGCACCAGUGUCGGGUUCCUGGAGACCCUCAAUGCUAAACUCGCUGCGCAAAAACAGCAGCAGACUCGUCAGCAGCAUCAGCAGCAUCAGAACCAGCAGCAGCAGCAGCAGCAAAUUAUUCCUCAAGUACAAACUCACUUAAAAAGUACAACCGGAACUCUGCCAGGUACCAACAGAUCAGCAAGUGUCAGACGUAUCAUGGCAAACAGAGUUCCUAUUAUUGAUCCUCUGCAAGUGAGAGACUCUUUGAUGGAUCAAAUAAGACGUGGCACGUCUUUACGAAAGACCACUGGUACAAUUAACGACCGUUCAGCUCCACAAAUAUAUUAAUAAAAAUAAUAAUAAAUAUUCAAUAAUUAAUAGCGCGAUUUAAAAAAAAAAAGUUUACGAUUUAUCAAUUGAUCGUUGGAUUAAA